UGUCUCAAGGUUCCACCCCCUCCUUUUCCCUUGCCCUCAUUACCUUUAUCUUUCUCCUUCUGUGUCCCAGGAGGUCAGGAUGGUGGGGGAACGGCGCACUGGGGACGUCAUGGUGCCCUUGGGGCCCCGGCUGCAGGCAUAUCCUGAAGAGCUUAUUCGACAGCGGCCUGGGCAUGAUGGGCAUCCUGAAUACCUCAUCCGAUGGAGUGUUCUGAAGUGUGGGGAAGUGGGCAGAGUGAGUGUGGAAGAGGGCAAGACAGAGCACAUCCUCAUGUGGCUGUCCACCCCCGAAGUCUACGCCAACUGCCCCAUGCUGUUAGGUGAGCGGGCGUUAUCUAAGGGACCGCAGCACGAGCCAGCUGGGGGUUCAGGAAGCUUUUCCCGAGAUCCAGGAGGUCUGGACGACACAGCAAUGGGAGAGAUGGAGGCUGACGUGCGGGCGCUGGUGCGCAGGGCUGCCAGGCAGCUGGCAGAAGGUGGGACCUCGAGCCUCACAGCCGCUGUGCUCCACACCAUCCAUGUGCUCAGCGCCUAUGCCAGCAUUGGGCCCCUCACUGGGGUCUUCAGGGAGACGGGAGCCCUGGACCUGCUUAUGCACAUGUUAUGCAACCCUGAGCCUCAGAUCCGUCGGAGUGCGGGCAAGAUGCUGCAGGCUCUGGCGGCCCACGAUGCUGGGAGUCGGGCUCACGUCCUUCUGUCACUGAGCCAGCAAGAUGGCAUCGAGCAGCACAUGGAUUUUGACAGCCGCUAUACUUUGCUGGAGCUGUUUGCAGAGACCACAUCCUCUGAGGAACACUGCAUGGCCUUUGAGGGCAUUCAUCUGCCUCAGAUCCCAGGAAAGCUGCUCUUCUCCCUGGUGAAACGUUACCUAUGUGUCACCUCCCUGCUGGAUCAGCUGAAUAACAGUCCAGAGCCAGGGGCUGGAGACCGAGGCUCCCUGUCCCCAGGGGAGUUCGGCCAGGAGGAGAGCCGGGGGCAGCGGGAGCUGGAGUUCAGUAUGGCUGUGGGCAGCCUCAUCUCAGAGCUGGUGCGCAGCAUGGGCUGGGCCCGCAACCUCAGCGAACAGAGCACGUCAUCCCCGCGGCCAGCCCGGUCCAUCUUUCAGCCCUACGUUUCAGGCCCUAGUCUUUUGCUCCCCACCAUGGUUGCCACCCUCAGAAAGCAAGAGCGGGCCUUCCGUCAGCGCUCUGAAUUCUCAAGCCGCUGUGGCUAUGGUGAGUACGUGCGAGAGACGCUGCAGGCCGGGAUGCGAGUGCGCAUGCUGGAUGACUACGAGGAGGUCAGCGCUGGGGACGAGGGCGAGUUCCGGCAGAGCAACGACGGCGUGCCCCCCGUGCAGGUCUUCUGGCAGUCAACGGGCCGCACGUACUGGGUGCACUGGCACAUGCUGGAGAUCCUGGGCCCGGAGGAAGCUGCUGAGGAUGUGGCUUCAGGAGCUGUGGAGAAGGGGGCAGGGGCUACUCUGCUGGACACAGCACUUCCCUCCUGGGACUGGAAACCCGUGGAUGGGCUCUACGCUUUGCCGUACCUCCAGCCCGAGCCUCAGAAGAACGAGCGGUUGGGAUACCUGACUCAGGCCGAGUGGUGGGAGCUGCUCUUCUUCAUCAAGAAGCUGGACGUAUGUGAGCAGCAGCCGAUUUUCCAGAAUCUUCGGGAGAACCUGGAUGAGACUCUGGGCGAAAAGGCCUUGGGAGAAAUCUCCGUGCCCGUAGAGAUGGCUGAGGGUCUGCUGCUGGUACUCAGUAAUCGGUUUGAGGGCAGUACCCUCAGUGACCUGCUCAACUCCCAAAUCUACACCAAGUAUGCGCUGCUGCCCGAUGAACUGAGCAUCUCAUCGUCUUCACGAAGUCACUCGUGUUCUCCAGAUCCAGAAGAGGAGUCCAAGUUGGAGGCCAACUUCUCAGAAGAAGAGGCUGAGUCUCCCAAAGCAACAGCUGAGCCCCCAAAGGCCGAUGCAGACCCUGCCAAGGGAAAACCUGAGCCCCCCAUGGCACAGAGUGAUUCACAGCUGUUUAACCAACUUCUGGUGACUGAGGGGAUGGUUCUGCCCCCCGAGAUGAAGGAGGCAGCCAGUGAAAUGGCUAGAGGCUUGCGGGGUCCUGGUCCCCGCAGCUCCCUGGAUCAGCAUGUGGCAGCGGUCGCGGCCACCGUGCAGAUAUCCAGCUUGGACACAAACCUGCAGCUCUCAGGCCUCUAUGCCCUCUCUCAGGCUGUGGAGGAGGUCACUGAGCGGGACCACCCUCUGGUCCGUCCUGACCGAUCUCUGAGAGAGAAGCUAGUAAAGACGCUGGUGGAGCUGCUGACCAACCAGGUGGGAGAGAAGAUGGUGGUGGUGCUGGCCCUGCGCCUCCUCUACCUGCUCAUGACCAAGCAUGAGUGGCGGCCCCUCUUUGCCAGGGAGGGUGGCAUCUACGCUGUGCUGGUUUGCAUGCAAGAAUAUAAGACUUCCGUCCUGGUGCAGCAGGCGGGGCUGGCGGCACUGAAGAUGCUGGCCAUUGCCAGCUCCUCGGAGAUCCCCACUUUUGUCACUGGCCGAGAUUCUGUCCAUCCUUUGUUUGAUGCCCAGAUGACCAGAGAGAUCUUCGCCAGCAUUGACUCAGCCACUCGCCCAGGCUCUGAGAGCCUCCUCCUUACUGUCCCUGCAGCUGUGAUCCUGAUGCUGAACACAGAGGGGUGUUCCUCCGCAGUGAGAAACGGCCUGCUCCUGCUCAACCUGCUUCUGUGCAACCACCACACGCUGGGGGACCAGCUUAUCACCCAAGAGCUGAGAGACACCUUGUUCAGGCACUCCGGGAUAGCACCAGGGACAGAACCCAUGCCCACCACACGCAACAUCCUCAUGAUGCUUCUCAAUCGCUACUCAGAGCCGCCGGACAGUCCUGAGCACCCAGCAGCACUGGAAACCCCUGGCGCCCAGGGCCAGGAUGGGUCCCCUGAGCAUCUGAUCCGGUCGCUGGCAGGGGGCCCGUCUGCAGAACUCCUCCUGGGCUUGGAGCGGGUGCUGUGCCGAGAGGGCGGCCCAGGGGGCGCUGUGAAGCCCCUCCUCAAGCGCCUCCAGCAGGAGACUCAGCCCUUCCUCCUGUUGCUGCGGACUCUGGAUGCCCCGGGGCCCAACAAAACUCUGCUGCUGACGGCACUGAGGGUCAUGACCAGGCUGCUGGAUCACCCUGAAGCGAUGGUCCUCCCCUGGCACGAGGUCUUGGAGCCCUGCCUCAACUGUCUGAGUGGCCCUAGCAGUGACUCUGAGAUUGUUCAGGAGCUGCUCUGCUUCCUGCAUCGCCUGGCCUCCAUGCACAAGGACUACGCGGUGGUUCUCUGCUGCCUGGGAGCCAAAGAGGCCCUCUCCAAAGUCCUGGACAAGCACUCGGCUCAGUUGCUGCUGGCCUGUGAGCUUCGGGACCUGGUGACCGAGUGUGAAAAACACGCCCAGCUCUAUAGUAACCUCACCUCCAGCAUCCUAGCUGGCUGCAUUCAGAUGGUGCUGGGCCAGAUCGAAGACCACAGGCGAACCCACCGACCCAUCAACAUCCCUUUCUUCGACGUGUUCCUCCGGCAUCUCUGCCAGGGCUCCAGCGUGGAAGUGAAGGAGGACAAGUGCUGGGAGAAGGUGGAGGUGUCCUCCAACCCGCACCGGGCCAGCAAGCUGACGGACCGGAACCCCAAGACCUACUGGGAGUCCAAUGGCAGCACCGGCUCCCACUACAUCACCUUGCACAUGCACCGUGGUGUUCUUGUUAGGCAGCUGACGUUGCUCGUGGCCAGUGAGGACUCAAGUUACAUGCCAGCCAGAGUGGUGGUGUUUGGGGGUGACAGUACCAGCUGCAUCAGCACAGAGCUCAACACGGUGAACGUGAUGCCCUCUGCCAGCAGGGUGAUCCUCCUGGAGAACCUGAACCGCUUCUGGCCCAUCAUUCAGAUCCGCAUAAAGCGCUGCCAGCAGGGUGGCAUCGACACCCGGGUUCGAGGCGUGGAGGUGCUGGGCCCUAAGCCCACUUUCUGGCCGCUAUUCCGGGAGCAGCUGUGUCGCCGUACCCGUCUCUUCUACACCAUCCGGGCGCAAGCCUGGAGCCAGGACAUAGCGGAGGACCGCAGGCGCCUCCUCCAGCUCUGUCCCAGACUGAACAGGGUUUUGCGCCACGAGCAGAAUUUUGCUGAUCGCUUCCUCCCUGACGAUGAGGCCGCCCAAGCCCUGGGCAAGACCUGCUGGGAGGCCCUGGUCAGCCCCCUGGUGCAGAACAUCACCUCCCCCGAUGCGGAAGGUGUGAGCUCCCUGGGCUGGCUGCUGGACCAGUACUUAGAGCAAAGGGAGAGCUCUCAGAACCCCCUGAGUCGAGCAGCAUCCUUUGCCUCUCGAGUUCGUCGCCUUUGUCACUUGCUGGUGCACGUAGAGCCUCCGCCUGGGCCUUCUCCGGAGCCAUCCACUCGGCCUCUCAGCAAGAACAGUAAGGGCCGGGAUCGGAGCCCCACGCCUUCACCAGUUCUUCCAAGCAGCAGUCUGAAGAACAUAACCCAGUGCUGGCUGAGCGUGGUGCAGGAGCAGGUCAGCAGGUUCCUGGCUGCAGCCUGGAGGGGCCCUGACUUUGUGCCUCGAUACUGUAAACUCUAUGAGCACUUGCAGAGAGCAGGUUCGGAGCUCUUUGGGCCUCGGGCGGCCUUCACGCUGGCUCUGCGCAGUGGCUUCUCCGGCGCGUUGCUACAGCAGUCCUUCCUCACCGCUGCUCACAUAAGUGAGCAGUUUGCCAGGCACAUCGACCAGCAGAUCCAGGGUGGCCUGGUUGGUGGAGCCCCUGGAGUGGAAAUGCUGGGGCGGCUUCAGCGGCACCUGGAACCCAUCAUGGUCCUUUCUGGCCUGGAGCUGGCUACCACUUUUGAGCACUUCUACCAGCACUACAUGGCAGACCGUCUCCUGAGCUUGGGCUCGAGCUGGCUGGAGGGGGCUGUGCUGGAGCAGAUAGGCCUCUGCUUCCCCAACCGCCUCCCCCAGCAGAUGCUGCGGAGCCUGAGCACGUCCGAGGAGCUGCAGCGCCAAUUCCACCUCUUCCAGCUCCGGCGGCUCGACAAGCUGCUCUUGGAGCAGGAGAAUGAGGAGGAGCAGGGCCUGGAAGAAGAAGAGGAGGAAGCAGAGGAAGAGGAGGCUGAGAAAGAACUAUUUAUUGAAGAUUCAAGUCCAACAGUUUCCAUACUGGUCCUGUCACCACGCUGCUGGCCGGUCUCCCCACUCUGCUACCUGUACCAUCCCAGAAAGUGCCUUCCCACUGAAUUCUGUGAUGCCCUUGACCGCUUCUCCAAUUUCUACAGCCAGAGUCAGAAUCAUCCAGUCCUGGACAUGGGACCGCAUCGGCGACUGCAGUGGACAUGGCUGGGCCGGGCUGAGCUGCGGUUUGGGGACCAGACCCUGCACGUGUCCACUGUGCAGAUGUGGCUGCUGUUGCAUUUCAAUCAGACGGAGGAGGUGUCUGUAGAGACCUUGCUGAAGAAUUCUGACCUCACCCCAGAGCUACUGCUCCAGGCUCUUCUGCCCCUCACCGCUGAGAAUGGCCCUUUGACCCUGAAUGAGGGUCAGGACUUUCCACACAGGGGUGUGCUGCGGCUUCGGGCGCCUGAGCCCCAGCGCUGUGGGGAAGCCCUGUGGCUGAUACCUCCCCAGACAUACCUGAAUGUAGAGAAGGAUGAGGGCCGAACUCUGGAACAGAAGAGGAACCUCUUGAGCUGUCUUAUUGUCCGUAUUCUCAAAGCCCAUGGGGAAAAGGGCCUCCAUAUUGAUCAGCUGGUUUGUCUGGUGCUGGAGGCCUGGCAGAAGGGGCCAAAUCCCCCUGCGAGCCUGGGCCGCUCUGUUGUAGGGGGCGUGGCGUGUACCAGUACAGACGUCCUUUCUUGCAUUCUGCACCUCGUGGGCCAGGGCUACGUGGAACGGCGUGAUGACCGGCCCCAGGUCCUGCUGUGCGCCACCCCAGAGCCUACGGGGCCUUGCCGGGGUCAGGCAGAGGUCCCCUUCUGCAGCAGCCGGACCACCAAGACCUCCAAGCCUAGCCCAGAAGCUGUGGCUGCCCUGGCAUCCCUGCAGCUGCCUGCUGGCCGCACCAUGAGCCCCCAGGAAGUAGAAGGCUUGAUGGAGCAGACUGUGCGGCAGGUGCAAGAGACACUAAACCUAGAGCCAGAUGUGGCUCAGCACCUUUUGGCUCAUUGCCACUGGGGUGCCGAGCAGCUGCUGCAGAGCUACAGUGAUAACCCUGAGCCACUGAUGCUGGCGGCUGGGCUGUGUGUGCCCCAGGCGCAGGCAGCCCCCGCACGCCCCGACCAUUGCCCUGUGUGUGUCAGCCCCCUGGAGCCCGACGAUGACUUGCCCUGUCUCUGCUGCAUGCACUACUGCUGUAAGUCUUGCUGGAAUGAGUAUCUGACAACUCGGAUUGAGCAGAACCUUGUACUGAACUGCACCUGCCCCAUUGCCGACUGCCCUGCACAGCCCACCGGAGCCUUCAUUCGGGCCAUCGUCUCCUCCCCGGACAUCAUCUCCAAGUACGAGAAGGCCCUCCUGCGUGGCUAUGUGGAGAGCUGCUCCAACCUGACGUGGUGCACCAACCCCCAGGGCUGUGACCGCAUCCUGUGCCGCCAGGGCCUGGGCUGUGGGACCACCUGCUCUAAGUGUGGCUGGGCCUCCUGCUUCAACUGUAGCUUCCCCGAGGCACACUAUCCUGCCAGCUGUGGCCACAUGUCCCAGUGGGUCGACGAUGGCGGCUACUAUGAUGGCAUGAGCGUGGAGGCUCAGAGCAAGCACCUGGCCAAGCUCAUCUCCAAGCGCUGUCCCAGCUGCCAGGCUCCCAUUGAGAAGAACGAGGGGUGUCUGCACAUGACCUGUGCCAAAUGCAACCAUGGAUUUUGCUGGCGCUGCCUCAAGUCGUGGAAGCCAAAUCACAAAGACUACUACAACUGCUCUGCCAUGGUCAGCAAAGCAGCUCGCCAGGAGAAGCGGUUCCAGGACUAUAACGAGAGGUGUACUUUCCAUCACCAGGCCCGGGAGUUCGCCGUGAGCCUGCGGAACCGCGUGUCUGCCAUCCACGAGGUGCCCCCGCCCAAAUCUUUCACCUUCCUCAGUGACGCCUGCCGGGGUCUGGAGCAGGCUCGCAAGGUGCUGGCCUACGCGUGCGUGUACAGCUUCUACAGCCAGGACACAGAGCACAUGGACGUGGUGGAGCAGCAGACCGAGAACCUGGAGCUGCACACCAACGCGCUGCAGAUCCUCCUGGAGGAGACGCUGCUGCGAUGCCGAGACCUGGCCUCGUCCCUGCGCCUCCUGCGGGCGGACUGCCUCAGCACGGGCCUGGAGCUGCUGCGGAGGAUCCAGGAGAGGCUGCUGGCUAUCCUGCAGCAUUCCACCCAGGACUUCCGGGUGGGUCUGCAGAGCCCGUCAUCAGAGACUCGAGAGGCGAAAGGAUCCAACGUGCCUGGCAGUCAGCCCCAGAGCUCCUCGGGGCUGGGGGUGGAUGAGGAGGAGGAGGAAGAGGAAGAUGAUGAGGAUGAUAUGCCCGAGUGGCAGCAGGACGAGUUUGAUGAGGAGCUGGACAAUGAUAGCUUCUCCUAUGAUGAGGAGUCUGAGAACCUGGACCGAGACACUUUCUUCUUCGGUGACGAGGAUGAUGAUGAUGCCUACGACUGAGGGCCAGGACGCAGGAACACCUGGAGCCACCUCUCAGUCACGGGGGCCGAGGGGGUGAAGUCACCCCUUCCCGCCAUUGUUGAGGGAAGCGAUUCCCAGUGUCUGCAGUACCUUCUGUUUACUGAAUAAACUUUUUCACAUACUUCUCUGGAA